UUGAAUUCUAAAAGUUGAAGCUCGUUAGUAAAAACGGGGAACUUUCUGGUUGGAUGGUGUUUUAGGCGACAUUCUUGGUAAAGAAUGGAGAUCAAUUGGCUAGUACACCCUCUGUAUUUGCUGCUGGCAUUUUUACUGCUCUGUGUCGAAUUAGGGGAGGCUGCACGUGACAAAUCAUUAUAUUGUUCAGCAUGUCGAGCUGUAAUUGAUGAGAUGAACUAUGCCAUCAGCAAAGUUGACCCAAAGAAAACUAUACAGGUUGGCAGCUUCAGAGUUGAUCCUAGUGGCAAUCAGGACUUAUAUCAGGUCCCAUUGGCCAGAUCAGAAACCCACAUCACAGAAACAAUAGAAACAAUAUGUAGUAAAAUGUCUGACUAUGCACAAACUGUCGAUAAGGCCACAGGGAAGCAGAGAUUUGUGAGAAUGAAUUCCAGAGAUGGCGGUGGAAUAGAACUUAGUAAUAUAAAUUUAAGCGGAGAUAUACAAAAGGGACUAAAAUUUGCUUGUGAGAGUUUUGUAGAGGACUAUGAGGAAGAUCUGAUCACAUUGCUGAGAGAUGAUGAGGCAGAAAUAGAAACAAAGAUAUGUGUUCAGGAAGCAGAAUAUUGCGAGGAGGAAGAUCUGCUCAUUCCAUUGGUUAACAUUGUUGACCCCAACAGCAACAAAGAAGACACUGACAAUAUUAAACCCAAUGAGGAGACUGAAUACAACAAUGAGGAAUCCACUGAUAAAAACUUAAAUGAUGCAACAGAACAGGGGGACACUUUAAAUGAAGAUGCGAAAGAGGAAUUAUGAUUUUGCUCAAUUUUAAGCCAAUUAUUCAUAAUCAUUAUAAGAUUCAGUAGCAUAAGCACUUCAGGUUUGUUGGAAAAAGACAUCCAUAUUCCACUUGAACCAGUAGACCUGAAAUGUGUAUGAGGCACACAUUGUACAUUUGUUUGAUUAAGAGGAUGUAAAAUUCUUAGAAGUUAAAAGUAACAAAGCUCAUGAAAAUGUUAGUUUUUAUCGCACCCUAAGGUGCUAUAUUGUAAUCGGUUGGGCGGGCGUCCCGAAUAAUCUUGUCUGCAGGUUUCCAGCCAAACCGUUUGAGGGAUUCAUUUGAAAUUCAUUUGAGGGAUUCAUUUGAAAUUCUCAGGGAUAUUUCUACCUAUGAAAGUUUAGAACUGAUUAGUUUU